AUGGACCUUAGUAGAUAUUAUAUUGGCAAAGGAAGAGAAGAACAAGUAGAAUUGUUAUCUGAUGAUGAACUUUCAGAUUUCUACUCACAAGGAGAUUACGAAGAACUUGCGAAAAUCGAAAGGCGAAUAAGAAACAUAUUUUUGGUAUAUGAAAAGGUUUCAUAUAUAAAUGUUGAUCAAAUAUUGGAUCUAUAUCAUAUCUAUUACAGUGAAUUUAAUUGGGAUAAUUUCGCGAGAUCAUCAGACACAACUUUAUCUGAAUUCAUACGCGAAAUUUGGCCUAAAAGUUUCAAUAUUACAACUUGUCCACAUAAUAAGUCGGAAUGGAUUUCUUUGCUCUCUCCAAAUACACUUCAAGAUGAACCUUUUUAUAUGACCUUUGUUACAAAGGAAAUGAAAUCAAACAGUUAUGAUAAGGGUUUUUAUGAUAUCAGAUUCGGUCACGAUACACGAAAGAUUGAAGAAAACAAGUUAUUGAAAAAGCAAGAACAAAAGGCCGAACAAAUCUUAUGGAAAACGCGACACUUAUUUCCCAAUAAAACCAUUUUAAAUUCAUGCUGUUUUGAAUUAUUGUAUAAAGAUUUGUAUAAAGAGAAUGUUGAUAUUAAAGAGGGAAGAAGAUCAAAAAUGCGACUCUUUAUUAUUGAGGAAAGAAAUUGUAAGGCUAAGCGACUUGCAAUUAGUGGCAAUAUCUAUUUUAUCAAGCAAAUAUUAUGGUGA